GGCGCAGGGGGGAGCCGGAUUUGCUGGGGCAGCGGCCGUGCUGGGGGUGUGGGCGGGCAGCGAGGGUGUUUUCAUUUCCCCCCUCCUGCCGGCAAUUGGGAUCUCCGUGUGUGCAAUGAGAGCGAACACCCGCCCCCACCCCUUUGGCCCUCCCCUCCCUUCCGUGGCUGCUCUAGUGCUGGCCCAGCCCACGUUUUUUCUUUCUCCCUUCCCUCCCUGAUCAUGUGUCGCCUUUUUUUGUUUGCUUGCAGUGGAAACAAUUUAUCGCUCUUCUGCUAGCACCGACCCAAAUCGCUGCCCAUCAGGAAUAAAGGGAAGGGGGGGGGGAAGCUGAAAGGGAGGGGGGAGGGAAGGUAAAACUGCAGGAGGGUCCCAUGCUACUGUAUUUCCUCUUGUGCCCUGGGACCCCUUUCCCCUUCUGCACAUUGUUGGCUCAGUCUAAAGGAGGAGAGGAUGCCUUGUUCAAUCAGAUGAAAGUUUGUAUAAUAACCAUGAAAGGACAGCGGUAAAAUCUAACCUCUCUCAAGCCAGGAGCUUCUGUCUAAAUGGGUCCAGUCAUGCCUCCCAGUAAGAAGCCAGAGGGCUCAGGAAUUAGUGUUUCCAGCGGACUGAGUCAGUGUUACCAAGAUAGCGAUUUAUCAAAGGCAGUUCAUGAGGAUGAGGACCUAGAUUUCUCUUUGCCUGCCAUCAGAUUAGAUAAAGGGGCCGUGGAGGAUGAAGAACUAACUAACUUGAACUGGUUACAUGAGAGCAAGAAUUUGCUGAAAAGCUUUGGAGACUCGGUUUUAAGAAGUGUUAGCCCAGUUCAGGACAUUGAUGAUGACACACCUCCUUCUCCUGCUCAGUCGGACAUGCCCUAUGAUGCCAAGCAGAACCCCAAUUGCAAACCUCCUUAUUCCUUUAGCUGCCUCAUAUUUAUGGCCAUUGAGGACUCGCCAACCAAACGUCUGCCUGUAAAGGAUAUAUACAACUGGAUCCUAGAACACUUUCCCUAUUUUGCUAAUGCUCCCACUGGAUGGAAAAAUUCUGUGAGACAUAAUCUGUCGUUGAAUAAGUGUUUUAAGAAAGUGGACAAAGACAGAAGUCAGAGUAUUGGAAAGGGGUCCUUGUGGUGUAUAGACCCAGAAUAUAGACAAAAUCUCAUUCAGGCUUUGAAAAAGACACCCUAUCAUCCAUAUUCACAUGUGUUCAAUACACCUCCCACAUCUCCUCAGGCAUAUCAAAGCACAUCAGGUCCACCCAUUUGGCCCGGAAGCACCUUUUUCAAGAGAAAUGGAGCCCUUCUACAAGAUCCUGACAUUGAUGCUGCCACUGCCAUGAUGCUUUUGAAUACUCCCCCUGAGAUACAAGCAGGUUUUCCCCCUGGAGUGAUACAAAAUGGAGCUCGUGUUCUGAGUAGAGGAAUGUUCCCAGGAGUUAGGCCAUUGCCAAUCAACCCUAUUGGAAGCAUGGCUGCUGCAGUAAGAAAUGGACUAGCAAACUGCCGGAUGAGGACAGAAAGUGAACAGUCGUGUGGCUCUCCAGUGGUUAGUGGCGACCCAAAGGAGGAUCACAACUAUAGCAGUGCCAAAUCUUCCAACCACAGGAGCACUUCACCUGCUAGUGACUCUGUUUCCUCUUCCUCUGCUGAUGACCAUUAUGAAUUUGCUACUAAAGGCAGCCAAGACAGCAGCGAAGGGAGUGAAGUUAGCUUCCAGAGCCACGAGAGCCAUAGUGAAACAGAAGAGGAGGACAAAAAGCAAAACCGAAAGGAGACCAAGGAUUCUUUAGCUGACAGUGGGUAUGCAUCCCAGCACAAGAAAAGGCAACAUUUACUGAAGGUGAAAAAAGUACCGAGUGACACACUGCCUCUUAAAAAGAGACGUACAGAAAAGCCCCCAGAGAGUGACGAUGAGGAGAUGAAAGAAGCAGCUGGAUCACUCCUGCAUUUAGCAGGAAUUCGGUCCUGUUUGAAUAACAUCACCAAUCGGACGGCAAAGGGGCAGAAAGAGCAAAAGGAAACCACAAAAAAUUAGAACAAAUCAUUGAUUUGUUUGAACUUAUAAAAUUUUGUUUCAGCACGUCAGGUGAAUUCUAAUGAUUUGUGGCAAUAUCAGCAGUUUUGUUUUGUUUUGUUUUUUGUUUUUUUUUCUUUUUUUGGACCCUUAAGAUUUUUAUUUUUAAAGGAGAUUGAAGCCAUAGAACUCAUACUAACACUCAGCUAAUUUACAAAAGCUUUUCAUUACGUGAAGACACAAAGUAAAAAAGCCAAAAUCACCAUUGCUUUCUCCAGCUUGUCAGAAAUGCAUGGUUGAAUACGCAGUGACGUCAACAUUAUUGUGAUGGGAGUACAAUUCGGCUCUCGGAAAUCCCUCUUAUACCUAGAAGAGAUGUGCGUAAUUCAGAAAUCAUUCAGGCCUGGCCCUUAGGUUAAAAAGUAUGGCCUUACAAUUGGGUUUAUAAGUGAAUGUGAAUAAAGAGAUUUGGAGGAUGGAGGAGGCAUGGAGUCCUCAACACCAAACCAAGAACCGGUGGCAGUUGGAUACAGUUGUGCCAUAGAAGUCUUUGGAUAGCCACUGAAAGCAAUUGCGCAUACAGUAAUGCAUUAUUCGUGCUCCCUGUACUAUAUGUGGCUCAUAAUGUGAGGACUGAUAACUUUAAGUUAUGGAAAAUUUGAACUGUGUAUGCAACGGGUUUCAGUGAAAUAAUGAGAAGAAAUGGUGGGGGGGGAGAGGGAAUCGUAAAUGGUAUUGUUACUCAUUGAAUUCUGUCUUCUAUAUUAAAUUAAAAGAAUGUUCAAAAAGCCAUAAGCCUGAAGAUUGGCACUGCGUGCAAAAAAUAAUAAUAAUAAUAAUAAUAUGGAAAACAAGCUAUGUCUUCUAAACUGCCUGAGUGAAAAGCAAUCAAGUCUAAGAAAUUACAGUAGAUAUUAAGGAAGUAAAUCAGAAUAUUUUUCUGUGGAUCAAAAAUAUUUGAUCUAACUGGGGGAAAAAUGCUACAAAACCUGCCAUUAGUAUUAUGUGUAUUUAAAAAAAAAAAAAAAAGCAUAUUGAUGGACAAGAAAAUAGAGUACAACAAAGAGCUCCUAUACUGCCCUCAAAAUUGAGUAUGCAGUUAUUGUCAGUCAGGAUUCAUCUGUGCAAAAACAAUAUCAGAUUUCCAGAUUCAACCAGCGUAGCCAGCAGAAAAUUCUGAUCCACAUUGCAUGGAUUUGGGGGAGGGGAAAUUAAAAACAACUACUUUUUUUUUAAAAUUCAAAGAUAACAAAGUUCUUGUAAGGUAAAUAAUGUAUUUAGCAUGAAGCAUGAAUUAUUUUCAUAUAAAUAUAGAAAAUAGAGAAAAAGGCUAUGCCUCUAAUUUUUAAGCCCUUAGGCUUAGAGUCUGUUUUAUUUUUUAUUUUAUUUUUUUUUGUUUUUGUUUUGGUUUUUUGAAGCAGGUGUUUAAGGUUUAACCUUCUUCAGGGACAAACACUGACUGUUGGGGAACUUACUCUGCAAUAUUAAAAAUAUCGUCACACUCGGGUAGGGCUUGGAUGGUUGAAUUAUACUGCCUUGUCUGCACAUUCAGCCCCCUCUCCCUACUUCUGUUUAAAAAAAAAAAAUGUCCUUUCUCUGCCUGUACAUGUGUAACAUGAUGCAAUAAUUUGAGGGCAAAUUUAGUAGUGAGUGUGUAUGAUAGAAUCAAGAGAAUAAUAGGAGCUUAAUUGAGGAAAAUAAUUCGGAUUUGGUUCAGGGAUAGGUAUGUCAGUGAAUAACUUUGCUAAUUUGCCAUGAAAAGAAAUGAAGUUAGUAAAGGGCCUUAUUGAUGGUGAUCAGAGAUAUAGCACAGGAUCAGAGGAAGCGAUUCAGGUAUAAUUGUGCUACUCUCAUGAAAAUGUUGAUAAUUAGAUUAGAAUUCCCUGGAAGUGGGGGGGGGGAAGCUGUGAGGAAAAUACAAUCUCUCCCACCCCAAUUUGUGAAUUUGGCAUUAAAAUCAUCUACACUAAGAAAAUCCUAGAGGCAAAAGGAACAUUACAGGGACUGAAAAUCCCUAUCAUUUCAUAAAAUAAAAUUAUCUUGUCUUUAAAAACUUUAGGCCACCAAAUUUAUCCCUGGUGUAACUGUUUCAAUCCACAGGAUUGAAGUAUAGAGGAAGAAGUAUAGCCCAUGAACAGGAAACUAUAGAGGGAUGUGAUUGCCCACCCAAUGGAGCAAAAGAAAAAUUAGGAAGUGGAAGGAUUGUACAGUGGAUUACUAUGGUCUACCAAUAUUGCUAUGCUCAAUGGGUGUUCUGUUGUAUAGAAAACAUACUACAGCACAAGGGUGCAGCACCAAAAUUUAUUUCUUUUCUUCUGAUUUGCCUAAGUGUAUAUCAGGACCCAAGACCCUGACUAUAUUGUGAAUUAAAUAGUAGUCCAUGGGCUGGAUGUUAGUCUGGGAGAACUUCAAGCAGCAUAGAUUGAGAUGGUGGGAAGCAAAUAUGGUUUAACCCUUGCACUCAGCUGAUCCAUGUCCACUGUGUGCAGGGUUGAUCCCCAGGUGUAAGUUAGAACCCUACCAACUGCAUUGGUUGCCAGCAGCCCUGAGAAGCAAAAACCCAUAACUUAGGGAUCAGUGCAGCCUAGAGGUGCAUUAGCCAUAUUGCUUCCUCUGGGUAGAGUCCCUUCAUGACUGCACUGGGGUCAUUCUCCUGUUGGCAGAUAUGCCAGCUCUGCAGCCAGAAUCCACUAAUAAUGCUACACAAUUGCACUAGAAAAUCUGGCCUCUUGUGUUUCAUGGACUUCUGGGAAGAGUAACUGCAAAUGAAAAUGCAUCAACUUGCCCCAAAAAACAUUGUAAUACACACUUGUGCAUAUGUUGUUCCAUCCCACCAGCCUGAUUAAUAUUAAAUACAAUUAAGAGUAAAAUUUAGUGGCAUCAAGUAAAUUCGAAGCAAUGGCUUACUCGCCAUUGUCACCAGAGAAAAUGACAUGGUCACCAACCAGUGGGCAAAAACUGCUCUCGAUCACAAAACUAAUUUCACAGUAACUUCACUGACUAGAAUAGUUACUCCAGACUUACACCAGUGGAACUGAGAUAAGUAUCUGUUCCAUAAGUACUAUUUUCUAAUUUGGCUACUUGAUUAAAUAUGUAAUUAUCACUAGUGUUAUCCACCCAAGAAAACAGUCUUGUACAUAAAUACCUAAUUAGGCAGGUUGUCUUAAAAUAUAUUAUUUCUGUAAGACUUCAAUAACUUCUUUAUGGACUUGCUGGUAUAUUUAAAUAUUGGCAGGUGCAAUUUGUAGCUUCUAGGCUGGCCUACUGGGAAGAUGUCAAUAGGCUGUGUUUUAUAAAAUACUUUCAAGACCCAUUAAAAGAGAGGAACCAGAAGUUUGGUUAUGUACUAAUGCCCCCUGUAGACUAUUCAAGAAGGGCAUGAAGUAUAUAAGUGAUAAAACAACCUAUUGUUUUAAGUUUAAAAAAUAUUUUGUCCAGAAUUCCUAUACAUAUAACUGGUGACAUUCAGUACAUAACUACAGAUUGGUGUGUUUAAAAAAAAAUAAAUACUUACAAGCCACCUUUUAAAACGUGAUUUGUGCCUGAUUGAGCACAGUAGCUUCUUCAGAAUUGGUUUUGGUUCCAUCAGUUAAAUAUUCAUUUAUCUAAAUAGGUGUGUUCUUUGUACAUUGGAUUGGAAGGACUGUUCAAGGUCCAUCCAGUCUAUUAUGUAACCAAACAUUAUAGAGCCAAUACAAUGCAUGUUCGUAAAUGCACUCAAGAAUUAAAUAACUAAAUAAAUAAAAAUACAUUGCCAACACCUCUGUGCAAUUGUCACUAUUCUUAAAAUCUUGCCAAAACUAACUGGUAAUUGGAUCAUAUUAUGUACUUUAUCAUUUGCCAGACUUUUUUUUCUGACAUAGCCAUUUUUGAGGAAGAGCUCUGAAAAUCUCUAAACAUCUAUUUUUUCCCCACUCUAGUAUUUUAAAAAUCUUUCAAAAUUAAUGUUCCUCAAGGCUGAUAUGAAAAAAGAUACCAGGGCAGCAGACUAUCAAUGGCAAGUUACAGAUCUGAGAGGAUUUUUAAGGGUGGUUUAUAAUUAACAAACAUUCUUACAUUUUACAAUAUUCAUUUUGGAGGGAGAAAUGUUUGUAAUCCAGAGCUAAUGCCACAAAUAGAUUCUGUUAGUCUGCAGGUGUAAAGGAAUCAACCAUUCAUUGCUUGUAUGCUGCAAAACAUUUGAUGUUCUUUUGUAAAAUCAUUUUGAUGAAGUUUUGCCUUUUAAAAAUGCUAAGCACAGGUCUUGAGCAGCUUUGCUAUUUCAUCAAAUGUAUCUUCCUAAAAACGGAGCUUGAUUGUGAUCUCACAAGUGUUGAAACCAGAAGUAACUCCAGGGCAUUACUGGAGUUAAAACCAGGGUUGGUGAGAUGAGAUACACACCCCUUUAGCUCUAGAAAAUCAGCCUGUGAGUUCAAUUCUUAUCAUCCAUGGGUUACAUACUUGUGUGUAAUUUAACUGAUGUCCUUGGAGUUACUCCUGAUUUACACUAGUGGGAGAAGAAAAUCCCUAAACACACACACUGGUCUUCUACAUUUGACUGAAUUACUGCCUCGCUUUGAAAACUAUGGACCAAAUUUCCUACUUAUUUGGACUCAAUAGAGCUAUAAUGGAGUUAUGUCAGUUUUCAUAAGCAGAUAAUUUGGUCCAAAAUCAUCCACCAAAUGGUGCCAUGGGUAAAAUUUCUAAAAACAUCUAAGCCAAGAGUGACCUUUUGACUUUAAUUGAGAGAGAAGCUCCUAAGUCACUAAGGGCCAAAUUUGUAAAGGUAUUUAGGUUCCUAAAGGUGCAUAUAGACACCUGCCUAGUGGGAUUUUCAAAUAUGCCUGGAUGUUUUACUGUCUUUGAAAUCAAUGGGAGUUAGUUGCUUAGGGCUUUUGAAAAUUCCACUGGGCAGGUACCUGGGCAUCUGCAUCUUUAGGCACCUCCACAUCUUUACAAAUCUGGCCCUCUGUGGUUCUGAAAAAUGUACCCCCAUGAGCUCUAGAUUCAUAAUAAAAGUGUGGAAAACACAUUCACAAUUUUAGAUACAAAUGCAAUUCACCUCACUAAGCAAGUGAAUCAAGUUAUUUCAGUUGGGUCACAGUUGCCCAGGAUACUUUAUUUUAUUUUUUUAGAAAAGGUUGUUUUUAAAAAAUAUCUAUCUAUCUAUCUUCUUGACUUUGCCAGCAAAAGAGCAUUUGAACUGUACAUCCUCUUGAUUGUAACAGAGUAUCAGUGUUGACAGUCUGACCAGUUAAGUCUUUAGUGUUGUUCUUCACAGCCCUCCAGUAAUAUAUCAAACACUGUUAUGCACAUAAUGCAGCACUGUGAUCUAAUUUAAAUAAUACUUUUUUAUUAUUUAUACUACUCUCUGUAAUAUACAUCAACACUUUGCUAUAUAAUCUAAGUGAUAACCCUCUUCUUAGUUAUCUGCCAAACUUGGAACUUCUGUUUGGUUUAUAUUUCAGUUAACACAGUUACAAAGUUGUAAUUAUGUCUUUUUCCUUUGAAUCAGAAUGUGUAAAUCGAGCUAUAUACAUCUUGUGUGUUUCUAUUUUGAGAUGGAGUUUGAGGAUUUACACAUAACAUUUAGUGUUCUGUAUAAAUCUGCAUACCUUUGUGAAAUCAUCUGUUAAUCCCCUUUUCUUUAGGAAGUAUUAAUUGACAGUGGUUUAUUAGGGUUUUUUGUUUUUACAUUAUUUCUAAUACUGGUAAUUCUUGAAUUAAGCACAGACUUGUCAGCUGGGUUGCUUUAUCAUUGAUAGUGUAUAUGACCUUAUAAUUCUUCCACAGUUCAGCAAACAAGUACUAGCUUUACUGACCAAAAAAAAGAAAAAAGAAAAAAAAAUUCUCAACUUGAUGUGUCUAUGGUGCUGUAUUUUGCUGGUGUACAUUUAAAAUCAGAAAUGAGUUAACAAAGGUCACUUCUGAGUUGUUUGCUAAACGAGUAGCCUUUCCUCUUUUCUGUUAGCAUUGAAACAAAGAGUAUUUAUCUGAAAAUAUAUAAUUGUUUUUUUCUACUGUAUCACAUUUGCAAUGAGUAUAGCAUGGGAUUUCUAUUCCUUUUGUAAAGAGGGUGAAAUUCGCCCAGAGCCUGAUACAAAGCCUAUUUGAAAUUAACGGGAGUGUUUUUUCAAUUAUCUUCAGUGGGCUUCAGAUCAGACCACCAGCAUUGAAGACCCACCACUUAAGCCCAACAUUAAGGAUUUAAGUGAUGCAAAAGGCCUUGAGCUGGCAUUCAACUGAGGGUGGAUUUCACCAAAAGCUGAUAUUCCAUAUUGGAUGUUCAGAUGCUAAUAUGGAUAAUAUAUCAUAGCUAGAAAUUGGACUCCAUUCUUCCAUUACUGUGGCCUGAAAUCCCAAUACCUAUUUUUGUUUCUAGUUCAAAUAAGACUGAAAUUUAGUGCAUUUUUAAGUUAAUUGAACAUUGUACAUUUCCUGAGUAUGUGUGUGGGACAACAAUUAAAAGUAAUACCUGCAUUUGAUAACCAAUUCCAUGCCUGCAUCAUUCACACUCACUACUUAAAACUGCCAUCAGUAAAAUGUUGGGGGAAUGACUUGUGUGUGUAUGAAAAAGCAUUAUAAACUUGUACAUUUUUUUAUACUCUGAUUCUGUAAUAUUUCUGAAAUAUUUUGUUUUACAGAAAAAAGUGAUAAAGCAAUCAAAAGACCAAGAGGUUUAAUAUCAAUGCUUAAGGGUCACAUGACCUUAACUGGCCAAUAAAUUAAUUUAGUACCAUAAUUAGAAACCAAUUUUUUUGUUGCUGUAGUUGGCAUAUGAAACUGCCAAUUUCAUGAAUAUUGAAAUAAGAACUGUGAUGGGGGAAUAAACAGUGGUGUUAAGUUGUAUUUGUGUUUACCUAAAUGAGCAGUCCGAAGGCAAGUGCAAUCAGCCGAUCUUUAGGAAAUAUGAAAGUGUUGAUUUAGAAGCAUACUUGCAUUUUACAUUUUCUUGAUGUGUAAUCAUAUUGCCAAAGACAAACUAUUUCAUCAAUUAUUAUUGUAAAUAACACUUUCCCAAAACCUACCAUAAAGUUUCUGUGAUGUAUUGUCUUCCAGUUGCAAUAAAAAUUACUGAGUUGCAUCAAUUGAA